GUCGCCAUAGAGACCGAUGCUGUUAAGCGUGAGAGGCCGAAAGGAGGUGGGGACUGAAGAUGAAGGUGUUUCUGGCUUUGGGCGCCUGAGAAUGUGGGGGAAAGAAAUAGGGGCGCUGAAAUGUGGGGGUUCCCGGGCGCUGGAACUAAGAUUUGAGGCCGCUUUGGCUUUGCGUCCCUGUCUACGCUGCCUGUGCAUGAUAGGGCUGGUCCCCGGCUCAAACACAGGAGCAGCUGAGCCUCUAAAGGAAUUCUUCGAGGAAAGAGACUAGGAGUGGGCGCUUCGAGGUUCCUGCUUCUGGGGAGCCCCUGAGGCCAUGCCCUUUGACCUCUGACAAGUGUGCAGCUGCCGCUUCUUCUCCAGGUGCUUUCCCUCAAUUGAUGAAAUGAACACCUUUGUACCUUGUAGAAAAAGAUGGUAAACAUGGAUAAAAGAGACCCUCCAUUCAUGACUCUUCAGAAAAACAAUAGCUCAGAUAAUCUGGUUAUCCAUAUGAAAAAUGGAAUAAGAAGCACCAAAUAUAAGCCAGUAGACUAUCAACAAUUGCAUGCAUUAACAGAAGCAAAAUUAGCUUCUGCCUCUACAGAGCUAAAGAUCAGAAAAACAGUGCAGACUUCAAAGAUAUCUAAAGAACAAGCACUAAUAAAACAACACAAACAAGUAUGGUGGCAGGAACACCGAAAGCUAAAUGAAGUCAGAUAUAAAAUGGAAUCUGAAAUAAAAUCCUUUCUCAUUGAAGAGCACAUUGGCAAUGAAUGUCUUGCUGACUUUAUAAAUUUUGGACAAGAGCUAUCAGAACAAUGGUGCACAUAUCUUAAAAAUGUAAUAAGUCCUAUUCAUCAAUUGAGAGCAGAUCUAAAGUAUAGACAACAUGACCUUUUACAGCAUUCACAUUCAUAUACUGAGUUUAACUCUGUGAAAAUACUGGAAGAGGUUGACUCCAUGAAAAAACAAUUGAAAACUGUCUUUGAAAGACUUAACCUGGAGCAACAGAAAAUAGAAAAUGAUCUUUCAGACUGGAGUAUGAAAAUACUAGAUUAUUCUUCAGAAGAAAGAAGCUAUCAGCUAAGUGAACUGCCCAUCGAAUUAGAAACUUUGGAAUGCCCAUAUCCUGAUUUGAAAUCUUCAGUCCUUAAUGAAUUCUGUAACUUUACAGAAAAAUAUAAAAAGAAACUCCAAGAUUUUGAUAUGCAGUUAGAAGACAUACACAGAAAAUUCCAAUUAAGUGAGGAAGACCACUGGAUUUACCAGACUGUUUUGGAUCAGUAUCCUGGAGAUCUCUGCGGCAGAAGGACUUUGUAUCUGGACAUGUUGCAAAGACAUUUGCCUCACAAAUCCAGGCAUGAUUUGGUCAAACAUGAGAAAUACUGUGACCAAUAUCAUUUCGCUAAGGAGCAGCGGAGGAUCCUGAUAUCGAGUUGGAAUAAGAAUAGGAAAGACUUUAUACAGAAGGCUGUGCUGACGCUUGCCGAGGCCUGUGCAGCUCAUGAAAUGGAGAGCGCAUUGGCGAAGGACAGGAAAAAGCAACAGGAAUUGUGUGCUGACCUGAAAGCCAAAGUUCUUCAGUGGCGAGUCCACCAGGAAGAGGUAGCAAGACUAGAAAUGGAAAUUUCUGCCAGAAGAAGAGAAAAGGAAGAGGAGAAAGAGAAAUUGUGGAAGAAGAAGAAACUGUUGCAAAGAGAAGAGAAGAAAAAACAAAUAAGAAAAUACUGGGCUGAAAAAGAACAGAAGUGGCAAGAAAUAGAAAUGAGAGAUCUUCAGCGACUAGAAGAACUGAAGAAAUUAAUGGCUGAACAGUCAGUAAAAGACAGAGAAAGGGUUAAAUAUAGGCAAGAAUUGUUGGAAAAGCGUUUGAUGGAGAAAAAAGCAGUGGCCCUUGAAGAAGCACAUGAAGAAGAAGAGAGAGCACGGCGCCUAGAAGCCCUUAGGAAACAGGUUGCUAUUGUCGCUCAAUUUGAUCCUGUUAGAAUGAUGUCAGGUACCAUGGCAUCAAAAGCAAGAAUGGGGAUUGGAACUGAAGAAGAGUUUAUUCUUCAAAAGCCACUCUUCACAUUGAAUACAUACAAUGAACAGCAGAGUGAAAAUAAUUUCAUGAAACAGGAGAAUUGGACCUGAGGCUUUGAUGAACAGCUUACCUUUUAGACCACAAAGUCUACACAUAGCCGCAAACGCUGUAGAUUCCAUUUCGAUAUUCCUGACACCAGCUUUGUAGGCUCUCUUCAAGUAAUCUAACUUUUUUUCUCUGGAAAAGGAGCACAGUGCUCCAUCUAGUCGACCUUGGCCUGAAAGAAAAUGGGGAACAUUUAGCAAAUUGAUGUCUUACCACAGCGCCCCUGGCAUCACGGAGUCCUCUUUGUCAUCACAAGCUGGAGGGUCACUGAGA